AAUUAUUAGUAGUGAUCAUAGUGCAUUGUACACAAACUUUAACAAAAUUUAAAUUUUCAAAGAAAUAAUCUGUAUAAUAACUGUAUAGAAAACAUAAAAAAAUGGAGUUUGCAACACGAAAAGCGCGAGAUCGCACCAAAGUUGCGAAAAUUGAAUCGGAAAAUUUGGAAACACUUUAUCCACACAAUGUGAUGAUGUACAUUUUGCCGCCGACACAAGACAUCACACUGCAAACAUUCGAAGAAUAUGCCAUCGAACGGGUGAAUUUACUUCGCAUAUUUGAACAGGCCACAUCGAAAAAUCUGCGAGUUUUAUCGGAUGACUGGAAGAAUGAAAUUAAAGAGGAAAUGAAACAGGCGGGCAUGAAGAGCUAUCUACGGCUAAUCGAUGGGCAUACAACCACUACUGAUCUUGAUCUACAAGCCAGACGCCGAGACUAUAUUUCACAUUUCAUAUUACGUUUGGCCUAUUGCCGAUCAAGUGACUUGCGACGAUGGUUCAUCACACGUGAAAUGGAAUGGUUUAAAUUGAAGUUUAGCACAUUGAACGGUGAUGAAAUCAAGAAAUUUCUCGAGAUCAAUAAAUUAAGCUAUCAACCGAUUACCGAUGAUGAAAAAUCAGAUGUCAAGGAUGGCCUAUACCAUUCCACUGCAAUGCAUCCCAUACCAAAAAUUGAAAUGGAUGAAUUUUAUAAAGUACAUUUUACGGCGGUACCAGAUUUAAUACGGUCUCGUCGGUGUUACAUCAAAUCCGGUUAUGCAUAUGUUAUAGCGCAAGAUUUUAUAUCAAUUGUGGCUGGUCUACAUGAAGCUUGCAUUGAAAACGGUUUGACUGCGGCGGCUAAAGCACUUCCCGAUUUGGAUAAUGAUGAACGAUUGACCAAUUUACUGAAAACACUGCACACAUCUUACACGGGUAAAGAUUAUGUGGUCGGCGCAAAGGGUUCAAUACCGAUUGAAAGCAUCGAUCAGCUUUCGAAAAAGUCGUUUCCAUUGUGUAUGCGUCAAUGUCACGAAGCGCUGCGCACCAAACAUCAUCUCAAACAUCAUGGCCGUUUGCAGUAUGGACUAUUUUUGAAAGGGAUCGGCGUUACAUUAGAAGAUUCAUUGAGAUUUUGGCGUGCUGAAUUCACAAAAAUGAUGGAUUUGGAGAAAUUCGAAAAAUCUUAUGCUUAUAACAUUCGCUAUAAUUAUGGUAAGGAAGGUCAAGCAAAGAACUGGGCACCACAUUCAUGUUUGAAAGUAAUUUCACAGCAUGUUGGUACACAAGAAACGCAUGGAUGUCCAUUCAAGACAAUGGAUGCAAAUACCUUACGAGCCAAAUUAACAUUAUACGGAUUCAAUUCGGUACACGCACAAGAAGUUGUGUCUUAUGCCACAAAAGGUCAUUAUCAAUUGGCGUGCGGACGUUAUUUUGGUGUAAUGCACGAAACACAAGACGAGAGCAUUACACAUCCGAAUCAAUUUUUCGACAAAAGUCAGACGUUGAUCGAGGAAAGAACCAAUGAGGCAGCACCGAAAGCAACGCAACGUGCCUCACAAAAGGUGACCAUCAAAAAUGAGAAACGAAACACCAAAAACCCAUUGAUGGAUGAAUACGACGAUGAACUGUGGAAUGUUACACAAGAAGUCGAACGAAAAGAACAAUCCAAAGCUGAUUUAGACGCAUGGAAUAAUGAUGAUGAUUUUGAUAUGAGUCAAAUAGAUGACAAUUUUUAAGAUUCCAUUUUUAUGAUAUAAAUCAACGAAUUAUUGCAUAUCCAUUAAUAUUUUCGUCCACAAUAAUCGUAGGCUAUAAGAUCGUUUGUAUUUUCAACGUAAUUUUUGAUGUUUCAUUAAACGUUUCCAUUUGUGAAAAACCGA